CCUUUGGAUUUGUUUUUUUUUGAAAAUUUUGUUUUUUUAAAAAAAAUUGACAAUCGUUUUUUGAAAAUUCCAAUAGAUUUUAUCAUUAAAUUAAUCAGUUAUGGAGCAACAAGUUGAAUCUGGUGAAACUUAUGUUAUUCUUCAACCUGUCACACAACAAAUAGUGAUUGAUCCAAAUUCUAGAUCGAUUACCAGCAUAUUAAUGGAUCGAACUUUAUCACAAAAUUAUGAUGUACAAUCAAUGUUAGAAUUAUUCACAUCCGAAUUGCCUGAAGAUCAAUAUAUUCCGGAUAUUAUUAAACAUCGAUUUUCACGAAUCAUUUCCUGUUAUAUUUUACUUUAUAAUGGUGAUAAACCAUCACGUGCCGUAUUGAAACAUUAUUCGGAAAAAAUUGUAACCGAAUUUCCUAAACUAGGACCAAUCUCAGAUUGGUAUCAACGAGCCAACAUUCAAGAAGGAUAUAAAAACGAUACCGGAAGAUUGGUUCGAUGUAUUGAUAAUAUUCGUUAUCAACAACGUCAACGUCUAAAACAACCUGUGACACAAUUAGAAGAUCCGGAUCAAUUGAAACGAAAACGAAAAACAACUAUAUGUACAUAUCCAGAUUCAAAUGAAAUGAUUACGGCACAAAGUUUGAAAGAACAUUUAAAAACUGUGAAAGCUAAACCCGAAAUCAAAUAUUUAAUUAUCAAUAAUAUGCGUGCAACAUUUUGUCUACGUAAAAUGAUGCGUUCACAAGGUAAAACCAUUAUGGAUUUUAUUACCGAAUUUCCACAUCUUAUCCAAUAUAAUGGUGAAAUGGUAUUGAAUGAAUUUUCAUGGAUGUAUCCAGAUUAUUCUGAUAUUGAUUCGAAAAAUCGUUUCAAUAAAUGUCGUGAAAAAUUAUUGACAAUCUUUUCUCGAAUGAAUCAAUCAUUGAAUCUAAAUGUUUAUAAUGAUUUUUUCAAAAUGUUAAUAGCCAUUAUUCUUCGAUUACCACGUGGAUUACCAGCCAAAAAAGCAAAUAAAAAUGUACCACCUUUAGUUGAUUUAUUCGAAUUUAUGACUAUGGACGAAUAUCAACGAAAAUAUGUCAAUAAUUCAAUUUCAUCAUUCAUUCGACCACAUUUGAUAAUUAUUAAUUCGAUUGCCUAUACCGAAGGUGAAAUGUUUUUAGUAUUCGAUUCACAUAAUCGUACACCAUUACCAAUAAUGAUGAGCCUUUUGGAUGCUUUCUUUUUAUUGAUCAAAUGUUAUAUCGUAUUCAAUCUUCAACCACCACCAUAUCAAAUAUAUUUAUUUAAUUUUAUUCAAACAAAAAUUAUGCAUUGUACCGAACGAAGACCAUAUGCUAAAAUUAAUGAUUUAGCUGAUUUUAUUGAAAAGGCAAUCAUUUACAAUGAUGAUGAUAAUGAUCAUUGAAUUUCAUUUUCUCAUUUCUCCUAUUUACAUUGUGAUAUAUUUAAACAAAAACACCCAUUGAUAUUUCAAUAAUACUUUCAAAUUUUUAUUGG